AUGUUCCAAUCCUCUCAACCUACGAGGGAAGCCAUUGAAGAAGUCACUAAUUGUGUGGAGCAGAAAGUGACGGACAUAAUGAAUGGUUCCCUAGGAGUCCUAUUUUUCUCAAGAGAUGUCAUAGAGCCUUUGAAGGAAAUGGCAGUAACCAAAGCUCCUGGGAGCGAGUGUUUUCCAUCUCUCUUCUAUAAAAAAUAUUGGGACAUGGUGGGCAACGACAUUACUAAGGUUUGUCUAAAAUUCCUUAAUACUGGAGAUGAUCUAAGUUGUGUCAACAGUACUGUGAUAGCCCUUAUUCCUAAGUUAAAAUUUGCUAGAAAUAGAAUGAGAAAGAUCCUUAAUCUAGUGAUUGAUCAUGCGCAAAAUGCUUUCGUUCCGGGAAGAUUAAUUACCGAUUGUGCCCUUAUUGGCUUGGAAUGUGUCCAUGUCAUGAAGAAAUCAAUUAAAAAGGUUAAUGGUCCUUGUGCCCUAAAGCUGGAUAUAUCAAAAGCGUAUGACAGGGUUGAGUGGUCCUUUGUUGAGGCUAUGAUGCUUAAGUUGGGUUUAGGGAGAGUUGGGUUUGAAAGGUUAUGA